CUGCAGACCAGCGAUCCCGAGCGUGCCGGUGCCGCGGCGACCCGCGCCCGGCUCAAGGCCGACGAGGCCUAUCGGAACUCAUUGGGUCUGGCACGCCAACAGCUCAUUCUGACGAUGGAUCUCCUGGAACAGGAACUCAAGGACGAUGAGGUCGAUCAGUUCACUCCUGAAGAGUACGCCGACGUCCAAGCCGAGGUGGUACGCGUCAAGGGGUUGUUCGACAGCGGCCUGCUGGCCGAUGGUUCCGAUGCCGCCCGAUGUGGUGAUCCGUCAGAUGCACACCUUGCGUGA